UCUCGGUAUCCGGAAAUUAACAAUCCCGUGAUGCCAGAGGAGUGUUAGCAUAGCAUCGGAAUGGCCAGAGUGUCUCUCAGGACUUAAAACUUACUUUAUCGACCUCUGUAACCCAACAGUUUAUCUCCGUUUUCCUCUUCUGACAUGGGGUUAACGCGGUCGAAUGGUGUUAAGUGAUGUAUCCCUCCGCUCGGACGUUAACGGGAUGACGGCUCCGUAGGUCCUAACGGGAUGCCGUUCAGCUAGCCGCUCCGCCGUCCUGGGUCAGAUUUACGUGCCACACACACCACACACAAGCUAGCAGGUUAGUUAACACUUAGUGGCGAGUUAAUUCCAGCCUUUAUUCGGCUGCUAAAAGUGGAAACAGGACGCCAUGGCUCGGUUCGUGUUGGAGCAGCUGUCAGACUUCGGGGACUAUACUGGCAACCGGGACCUGAACGAACUCCUGAAAAUGAACAUCAACGAGCAUAAAAACAGCACAAAUGUCCGUGUGAGCCCAGAUGGACGUCACAUUCAUGUCAUCCUCCGCAAGCCUAAGGUUGGUCUUGUGACUUUUGACAAAUACGAGAGACCCCAGCUGACCCAGAAGAAGCUGGAUCUGUGCCUGACGCGGACCGUCCCCAUUGUGGAUGUGUUGUAUCUGGACCAGAACCACAGCACCAGCAGGGGCUCGGCGGUGGUGGCUGUGGUUUAUGAGAAUGGAAAAGCUGAGUUUUGGAGAUUCCAGCAGUGUAAACCAGGCUGGCAUCUCCUGCAGACGUCGGAUUUGUGCAACAGCCCCAGAGCCAGGGUGGUGUCUGUCUGUACCUGCUCCAACCUCAUCGUCUGGUGUGAGGAGAGGCCCUCCUCGGAGAGCUCCCCAGCCCUGGGCUCUACCAGGAAUAAACUCAAGUACUGUGUUUGCAGACGUGACUUUGAGGUAGAGGAGGGGGCUGUGAGUUUAACAGGAGUAAAAAUAGCCCUCCACAAUAACCCAAAGUUCAAUGUCAUCAGCUCAGGUGAAUAUGUGCAUCUCCUCCCUGACCUGAAAACAAAGCCUCUGUUGAGCAUUUCUAAAUUCCUCCUGUCAUGGUGUCCUCGCCGUGAUACCUUCAGAGUUAACACCACCUGUAAAAGCACCCCACUGAAGGAAGACACACUCUCUGCUAAAGAAUCUGACUUUAAGAAGUUGGUAACAGACUGUUUAGGGUAUUUAUCAACUCUUGAGCCACCAGAGAUCUAUGACUUUUCACCUACUGGUUUUGGUGGUUUAUUGCUUCUGCUCAGUACUGGGUGGGUGUGUCUGCUGCAGAGAGAUGGGAUGCUGCGACAAGUUUACAAAGUAGCAGAAAACUGCAUGGUAAAGUUUGGUACUCACACAAGCCUCUGUAUAUACCAGGACACUGUGGCACUACUGCUCGACCAGAACCUGCAUCUGAUAGACUUGAACUGUGGACUGCAACUGAACUGCAAGGAGCAGGAGAAGAUCUUACUGAAGAGUCGAGGGUUCUUAUUCAUAAAUCAGGCAGAGAGAUGGACUCCCCACCUCCUCUCAGAGACUGGACUUUAUGUGGUGCACCAGGGAACAGACACCAGGGACUUAAAUUGUAAGAUAAAACUGUCUAGUUUUGGUACAGUGGAGAGUAUCCAACCUGGAGCCCUGCUGGUGGAGGCUGUCUUUGAGGAGGCCUGUAAAUACUACCAGCAGAGGAGCCUAAGCAGCACCCAGCUCACUGUAGAUGCGCUGAAGAAAGGAGGUAGGUUCCAGGCUCCUAUCUCUUUAGCCUCCAUCCUCAGGAACUACCUCAGCACAGGCGUGAAGCAGAAGGGACCAGAGCUGUCCCAGAAUGGAGGAGGGGGUGGGUGUAUGGCAGGGCAAGACAAGCUAAUGGGUUCUCUGGAGGCUGAAUUGAAGGCUUUGGUCUCACUGGAGGAGGUGAAAAUGAGUUUAGUGAGGGGAAAUGCUAAAGAGGUGGAGGCUUUAUGUGACAGUCUAGUGGAGAAAGAAGUAGCAAGGCUGCUGUCAUCCCCGGAGCUGGAUAAAGAGGCUCUGCUCUACCUCAACUCCAUCUUCAGUAUAUUUCCCUGCCAGGCGUGGAAGGCGGCACAGGCAACCCUGCAGCUUCACUACAAUGGAGAGGCCUGUCUGUCCAGCAGUGCUCCCCCUGAUAUAUGGAAAACUGUUCUCAGUCCUGCACCAACUUCCAGUCCUCCUAUCAAUGUUAAUAUGACCAAUGGUGAGCCAAAACAUAAGCACAGCUCAAAGGGCAACCGUGUUACCAACUCUAAAAUCAAACCUACAAGCUCCACUCCCCCUGCUGUCCUGCCUGUGUUUGAACUCCUCUGCCAUUCCAUUUACCACUUUCAGCCCAGUUGGCUGCCCAGGUUCCUCGAGCUCUCCCAGCAACAGCAGGGCUCAGCUGGACUCGGCCUGAGCCUGGCUUCUACCACCUGGGGUUUCUCCAGUGGAAGAGGAGCAGAGAGUGCUGAGAAUAAUGUGCCGCUUUACAAACGAGCUUUGUGUGUCUUAUCCAACCUGAAUUCAGACAGAGAACAGAACCAGGAUUUGGAGGUGGAGCUGCUGCUGGUCAGCGGGCGGCCCAACGCCAUCCUCCAGGCGUUGAGGAUCUUAAUGGUCAGACAGGAGUGGGAGCGGGUCACGAAGGUGGCUCAGAAGUUCUGCAAGCAGAGUCCGCUGCUGAAUAAGGAGAUUUUCACUACUUUGCUCUGUGAGGUGGCCCAGCACAGAGACCUGGAUCCCUACCUGGACCUGCUAUGGGCCCUUUGCCCAGAGGACAUCACUGUCACUACCAUCCUCAACAUUGUCCUUAAGCACCUCCCCGCCCCUAAAACCCAGUCCUCAUCUUCCUUCCCCAUGUCCAGCUCUACUUCCUCCUGCUCAUCCUCUUCCUCCUCCCCUGCCCCCUUUGCAGACUCCCAGAGCAGCCAGCUGACCAUCGGCCUGCUCAAACCUCUGCUUAGGAAAGUUCUUCAGAGGGAGACCAAGCCCAGCCAAUGUUAUGCUGACAUCCUCCAGUCACCAUCAUAUCCGCCUCCAGCCCCUCCCCGCCAGCCUGCAGAGGCACUCAGGACUGUGACAGAUGUGAGCAAAGACUCAGCUCUAGACAACAACCUCCCCACAGCUGCCCUGUCGGAGUCACCUGAGCAGCAGCCGUCCACUUACACACCUGUCCAGAGGGUGAGGAUGGCACUACCUGCUAAUCUACUCUGAUUUAAUUAACUUGUAAUAUUUAACAUGAACAAGCACAAUGAUAAUACACAAAAUAGAACCACAAUCUGACCAAAUCUGACCAUGUGUAAUCUGACCAAACUGUGAGGUAGGGCUGAAUGAUUUGCAUUAAAAAAAAAAAUCAUAUUGCAAUUAUUAUGGUUGUGACAUCAUGUCGUAAUUUUAGUGGGAAUGACUAAAGAAAUUUAAAAAUGGUGUGAUCUUGCGGGGAUGGAAGCCUGAGCAACUGCAGUGCUUCAUUUAUAACAUUAAUUUAUGACACAGUUUACUUAUAUAUCACCAUAUUGCAAUUUUGACAAUAUUUGAAUGAAUUGUUCAGCCCUACUGUGAAGUAGUUUGUUUUCUGCCUAAACAGUACAGUAUGACAAUCAAAAGAAAACAAUAUUGUUGUUUUGCAGGUAAUGACAGUGUAAUGCAGUAUAUUUGGUAUAAUUCCCAUAGUGUUUUUAAUAGGUUGGUAAAGUCACAUGAAGUAUGACUACUAGAAACUAUGAAAUGACUACUGAAGAUCAUACCAGGGUAAAUACUGGAUGUAAUUCUAAGUAUUAAUAUGUAUAUACUGUAUAUGCCAUGUUAUUUAUCUCUUAAGCCUUAAAUGCCCAUGGGCAUGUGCAUGUUAUAGCAUAAUCUUGCAUCAAAUAUGCUUAGCCUAAAGCAGAAUAGCAGUGUUGAUGAUAAAGUAUUGUGUUAACACAGUAUAGUACCUAAUUUACUCUGUCAACAACAAAGCCACUAUCUUCCAUUUCUGGGAAUCUGUGCGUAGAAUACAAUCACAAUCAGUCUUGGCCUUUAAAGUAGCUGAUUCCUGCUAAUUGUAGCCAAGUAUAGCUGCCUUCUCUUGUACCGUGCGCUUAAUGUCAAAGUGCAUUAGACAUUCAUGCAGCCGGUAAUCUACUGAGUGCUAUUCAGACAAGCUGGUCUUUGUGUUUGAAUGUUUGUUUAGAGUGAGGUAUGUUUCAGAAGCGGACGGAGGGAGUCCAAGGUUCCUUUUGCCAAUUUUGUUUUCAUAUUAAACAUAAGAGCUCAAUCGUUAACCUGGUUCCCAUACACUCCAUGCAUACAUCUAACAUCUGUAAACCAAACUUUAAAACUGUACUGCCUGUCCCACUUUAUGUUUCCGGAGAACAUCUUGUCCGCUCUGCUCCUUUCACAGUUCGACUCACACGACAUUCCAGGCAGAAUACCCAGUAAAAGUGACUCAUAGUUUGACUUCAAAUUAAAUUUUGAAGGUAAUUUUGUUAGUGCUCUAGUGAGGCUGAGGCACAUUGUGACUAGCACAGGCACUGUGCUCAGAUAAGGUCACGUCUCCGUUAUAGGACCUAGUGACUGUAAUGAUAAUACAGAAUUUUGGUCUCUGUCUUCCCCCCUGCCAGGUUUCCACAAGCAGAUUGCACUUUUAUAUCUCAGACAGUAUUGUUUGUGCCAUUCUUUUGUUGCAUGUGGUGAACGUGUUUCGAUUUAGUGAUGUUAACAAAAGUCCUCCAGUGCCUAUAUGUUGGCUUUUCUUUUCAGCAGUUUUGUACAGAAAUGGAAGCCCUUGAAACAAAUUAUUUAUUUCCUAAUUGUCAUUGGAAGACAGUGAUUUUAGUUUCGCAGUCUUCCAUGGACAUAUGAGGUACUGAUAAAAAAAACAAAAAAAAACUGACAUGUCUUAAUUGUUUAGUGACAACCUGAAAAGACUCUAAAGUGCUGCAGAACAAUCAGAGUGCCUUUUCGCAGUGCUGCUCUUCAUUUACAGGGUAGUGUCACAUUUCUGCUGUGUCUCUGCAGCGUCACUCAGACUGAGUGUCAAACCGGUGUUAUUAUAUUCAGUAUUGAGAGGUUUUCUUUUGUUUUUUUUGUUGUUGUUUUUUUAUGCAAAUCAGCUUUAUCUUUGGGGGCAGUUUUAGAUCUGUUUAGUCAGAAACUGCUUAUAUGUGAAUUUUAAUAUCGAGUUCCUCCGCUUUGGGCUGGCUCAUAUUGGUAUAUAUUUGUAUCAUUCAAGUUGUGUGCAGUUGAACAAGCAUGAAAAAAUGCAGGGGACUGAGAAGUACAGUACGGUGCUGUAAACAUGUUUGAGCCCAACCCAGAGUCACUGGGAACUCCCUGACUUUACCAAACAGGCUCCUGAGCCUGAUGACAUGUAUGAAAGUUCAGAUGUUAAAUAUUAAUUAGCCUUAAAAGUUGCUUCUGGUUUCUAUUAACAAAUACAGUUUCACACUUAUGCUGUUGUGACUACAGACUUUUUGGUGAUGCUCUCCCUUCACAAGAAAUGUAUUUAUGAUUGAAAGCUGUCAACUAUUAAACUAAAGAUAAAACUUU